CAGUUUGACCUUCAGGUGCUCGCAACCCCCACAGUGGACGAUACUCUAGGAGCGUUGCCUUCAAUUAGUUCCAUCAACCAUCUAGACUGGACUGGAGUCAACCAACUCAGACGUCUUAAGUAUAUCAGGCUUAGUUAUUUUUGUUCUCAUCAAAUGUCGAAAGAUAUUGAAAAAAUCGUGUCUGUUUUACGCAAAGGAAUCACUGAAGGCGUUUUAAACACCUUAGAAUCACGUAAAUGUGCCAUUCGAAAUGUUCUAAAGUUGCUCCUGGAAAACGAGGAAGACAUUGUCAAAGCACUAGAGAAAGAUCUUCGCAGGUGUCGAACUGAAUCUAUCUUCACGGAUAUAGACCCUUCAGUAGGUGAAGCGAAAACAAUGCUCUCUAAUAUGGAUUCAUGGUUGAAAGAGGAUCCGGUUCCAUCGUCAUUCAUCACGUUAAUGGAUACAGUAACUAUUCAAAAACAGCCAUACGGUGUGGUUUUAAUAAUAAGCCCUUGGAACUUUCCCUUCAUUUUAUCAUUUCAGCCUCUAGUUGGUGCAAUCGCUGCUGGGAAUAGUGUUCUUCUUAAGCCGUCAGAAAUGACUCCAGCGUGUUCUCAGCUGAUUGCUGAGCUUAUCCCUAAGUAUUUAGAUAAACACAUAUGUCAAGUCAUUUGUGGAGAUGGUAGUGUAUCUAAGAUGCUUCUGGAAACUCAGCGUUUUGACCUCAUAUUUUACACGGGUGGUACAACCAUUGGUCGCGAAGUUUACGUUGCCGCUGCGAAAAAACUUACUCCUGUUGUUUUGGAACUUGGAGGGAAAUGUCCUGUGUAUAUUGAUUCGGAUGUCAGUUUGGAUGUAGCUGUCAAGCGUAUUAUUUACAGCAAACUUCUGAAUUGUGGACAAAUAUGUGUUGCUGCGGAUUACUUAUUGUGCCACGAAGAAAUACUACCUGUUCUGAAAGAGAGAAUUGAAGAAACCAUAAAACAGUUUUUAGGCGAUAAUCCUCAAAAAAGUCCUGAUUUUGCACGCAUCGUGAAUGUCAGGCAUUUUCAGCGUCUUACAGAUCUACUGAAACAAACCAAAGGCAAAGUUAUGGUCGGUGGCAUGUCAGAUGUGAAUGACAAAUAUAUUGCCCCAACUGUUGUAUUUGAUGUUGAUGAAGAGGAUAUAUUAAUGCAAGAUGAGAUCUUUGGGCCAAUACUUCCUGUGUUGUCUGUGAAAUCGCCUUCUGAAGCUAUUCGGAUAAUUAAUUCCAAAGAAAAACCUUUAGCCGUUUACGUGUUUACUCGAAACAAAUCAGUAUUCGAUGAUUUCAAAAUGGCUACAUCUAGUGGUGCGAUUAUGAUGAAUGAUUGUUCUGUACAUACUCUUAUACCAAAUAUUCCUUUCGGUGGUAUUGGUCACUCCGGAAUAGGGAACUAUCAUGGUCGUUAUUCGAUUGAAACCUUUUCCCAUCGUCGCCCAGUUAUUCUCAAGUCAGAAGUCGAAUACAUAAAUAAUAAAAUCCGUUAUUAUCCGUAUACUGAAAGUGGUCUGAGUUGGUUGCGUUGGAGUCUGAAGAAAUCAGAUAGAAAUGGCUGCCAAAUAUUAUAAAGAAUCCAUAUUACUUUUCUGUUACCUUUUACAUUAACUUUUAUUGACAAAAUUUUUCACUCAUCUGAUUUUGUUUUUUUCCAAAAAAGAAAAUCAAACUGACCUUAAUAUUUAUAAAUGCCUGUUAUGGAAUGCUAUUAUAUUAUAUCAAAGUACUUUUUGCAAACAGUUUUAUUGUGUUUUAAUUAAUGUGUGUACUUUGAAUUAAACGUGUUUGCCAAUAUUACAAAUGAAGUGAGUAUUUGUUUUCCAGUC